AUGCCCAGAAACGAAAGCAGUAUUGAGAUUGCCGCCCCGCCAUCCAGGGUGCGGGAAGUGCUUCUCAACUUCUCCGGCCUUUCAGAGUGGCACAAGGGGUUUAUCCGAAGCUUAGCAGUGCACGAUGACUCGUCCAAGGCCCCGGAUUCUCUUGUGCCCGGCGACAAGGUUGAUGCCAACAUCGAGGGGCAGAAGUUCACCGCAGAGGUUAAGGAAAACUCUGAGAAUCUUUUCGCCUGGCAGGGCCCGCCGGUAUUUACAGUUGCCGGGCGCCAUGAGUUUAAGAUGGAGCCCGCAAAGGACGGGGCGGCCACGAUUUUCACGCAGUCGGAGGAUCUACGCGGGCCCUUGUCUUUUCUUAUGGCCCCGUCGCUGUUGGGGCGAUUCAUGAAGGCGGAUUUUGUGAAGUUUAAUGAGGACCUCAAGAGUCGGGCCGAGUCGCGAGAGGCUAGUGGCAUUAGUUUGUAG